UUAAAACAUAUCUUAGCUAGAGAGAGAUGGCUAGACACUUAGAAGAUGUAAUGGGCAUGGCGACAACAACACAGUUCCAUGUUAGUUACCUUGUUCAUGUUGUGUUCUUGGCUCUAUUAGGCUGUUGUGUCCUCUCGGCCGUAUUACUCUCUUGCGCCGAUGGAGCUUCCGACGACAGAGCCACUUCUGGUAACACACCCGCUGCCGGAGGUUGUGGCGGAGCCGGUUGCGGCGGUGGUUGUGGAGGUUAAGAGUUCCUUCAUCUUCAUCGUGGAAACAGAUAAUAAUAGUCGAUUAUUUUUCAUAUUAUGGUUUGUGUAGUCAGCUUACGUUUUAUUGUUAUACAGCUCUCUUUCGUUGCU